GUUGAAGCUGAAUUGCACAGGGAGCGGUAGUUUAGAGCAUUGCCCAGAGUUACACUUUCAGAGUCGCAUGUGUGGACGUGGUCUGUAUUUGUCAUCCUUUGUUGGUGAAGUUGAAGAUGACUUAACUUCAGAAGACUCUGCUGGCCAGGGAUUGGCUGAAGAGUUCGAGACCUUCCCAGACCGCCUCAGGGUCCGCUGCAGAUGGGAGGCGGGACUUCCGGAGACCUUUCAGCCCCUCGGCUGACCUUCCUUAUGGCAGCACUUCCUCUGCACUGGAAACCACUGGAGCGGAGCUGCGCGUUACCAUGGUGAUCAUCUUCUCAAAAACACUGGAGACGAAGAAGGGGAUCGAUGAUGUGAGAUCCGAGGACUCUGAACCGCUUAUGCACCAGGUCCACAACAUGAGUCGAGGGACCACUCUCAUCUCAUGUGGGGCUGUGGAGGCAGACGUGUGGCUGGACCUGGGCCGAGGCUGUGCCAUCCAGCGGGGGGCACCGUGCCAGGCCAGCGCCAGCCUGGACAGCCUGUGGGACGCUCUGCCCGGGUACCAGAGGAGGAGCUGGGCUCGGGAGGGCCCGGGCACCGCCUCCGCCAUCACCAGCCUGAUCCACGAGCUCAACCUGGGCGACGCCAAGCUGGGCGCCCCGCCCUCCCUCCCCUACGCCAGCGCCACGGCGCCCCCCAGCAAGCGCCAUUGCCGCUCCCUCUCCCUCUCCGACGAGUUCGGACGGUGCCGGUCGUCGUGGCGACCGCAGGGGUCGCGGGUGUGGAUGGCGGUGGAGAAGAGGCGGUGCUACAGCGGGGGCAGCGUUCAGAGAUACCCCGGAGGAGGGGGAGGGGUCGCGGGGAUCUCCGGCGGCCAUUUUCCUGCCAUGCAGCGCAGCUCCAGUUUCAGCCUGCCUUCUCACUCCAGUAGCCCCACAGACAGGCCCCUGGAGCUGCCUUGUUUCAGCCCACACCUGCCCCCCCUGUUCACCGCCCUGCCCCGCUCCCCCUCUCACCCCCACCAGCAGCUCUCCCUACGCCCUCUGUCGCAGUCCCACGAGCAGAUCAGCCUGCUGGAGCCCCGGGCCGGGGACGCCCCCGGGGCCAGCUCCCCGGACUCAACCCCAGAGAUGGUGAGGCGAGGUGGGCAGAGGCCGGCAGGGGCAGGGGGUCUCUCCAGGAGCAGGUCACAGCCCUGUGUCCUCAACGAGAAGAAGAUUGGGAUGAAGCGCAGGAGAGCAGAGGACCCUCAGGAACCAAGACCCUCCCUGGACCUGGCCAAGAUGACGCAGAAACUCCCAACGUUCCACAGUCUGAGCUGCCCUUGGAUCUCCCCCGGGUCUGGCAGCUGCCAAUCAAGCCUUUCCCCGCCCUCCUCUUGGAGCUUCAGCCAAUCAGACGCCGACUUCGCCUCUGUGUCCGACCUGGGCGGGGAAACAGAACAGGAAGCCUGUGGGGAGGAGGACUCCUCGUACGAGGAGCUAGAUAGCGACUCCCUGUGCAGUGGAGACUCCCGGCCUAGUUCUCCAGGGGGGGUCGGGGGGAGGCCAGGGGGGGACAGGAGCCCCCUCUGGAGGGGGGACUGUGGGACAGGGAAAGACAUUUACCAGCUGGGAGGAGAGCUGGACAUCGACCAGAUUGAGAAGAACUGAACUGAAUUGAACCCCACAGUUUUUUGGAGGCGUUUCGCAUCGCGGGAAAUAUUCUAGAACUUUAUGAAGGGCGGAAUAUUCUAGAACUUUAUGAAAUAUACGAGCGAGGAGAAGGACACUUGACUUGAAUACGACUAUGAAAAAAACGCGUGCAUCAGAAGAGAGAGAGAGAGAGAGGAAGGAACACUUUAAUAUUUCUGAAUGAAAUCGGUGUGGAAUUUCGAAUUAUGUUGGAUAGACAUACCUGAGACUGUGUGUGUGUGUGUGUGUGUGUGCGCGCGUGCCAGCAUGGGAGGGCAUUGAAGGACAAGCCAUGGAGAUGCGGUGGUCCUCUUGAGAGAUCCUGAAGGAGUGAUUCACCCUCUCUUGAUACACUGUUGCCUUUUUUCAAAGUGCUUAAGUGCGUGUCUGACAGCGCCGCGAUGCCACACAAGUACAACCUCACUCAGGAGUGGAGGGGGUGAGGACUCGUCUUAAUCAAACCUCCAUAACCUUCUCCACACACCAUCGUCUCCGUGGACGGGAGGAAAGGAACUUAAGGUUUUAGUACUGUAACUGUAGCCUUAGUAGCAGGACCCUCAUCCAGCUCCUGGUAGUCUUUACCGGACAGGGAGAACGUUGGACAGACAGACAGAGACAGACAGACAGACAGAGACAGACAGAGACAGACAGACAGACAGACAGACAGACAGACAGAGCAGAACGAGAGGAUCGCAUAUCAUUCAGUUGUCCUCAAAAUUCCUUUAUUUCUUCUCCUGCUCUCAGUAGACACAAAGUAGAACCAUCCAAGUGUUUCAUUCAUACAGUCAGCCACCCUGAAUGUAAAUAAGCUUUAACAGGGGUCAGAAAGUAACACACCAUCUUGUAUCCAUGGGAUUCUUGUUUCACCUCAGUCUGGCUCGAAGCAACAACUCUCUGAACUCCUUAAUAGUUUUUAAUAAGCAAAGUAUAUAUUUGGAUAAACACUGAAUUACAAGUUUUCAGUUCUAAUAUCAAUGUAUAUUUUUCUAAGUGUUCGUUUUUUUAUGAUCUGUUUGUGAAGGAUCAGAAAUGGGGCCUUUUCGUAACAGAAUAGACAAAUAAAUAUGCAAAACUACA